UUAACAAAUCAACUGAAAAAAAAAUGUUACGUUCGAACGAAUACGAAUACUGCUAGAUGUGCAUUAGCGUCUUUAUAAGUUAAUAUCACUAAUUUGAGAGAAAGUCGGUAUCCUUAAGUCUUUGGCAGGUUCAUUUGACAACCGCAAGUCUAAUAGUAAACGUGCAUAGAUAUUUUAGCGGAUUUUUGUUUUUGAAGUUGCGGAAAAAAUGUUGCGUUUUUGUGUUUUAGGAGCGUUUUUCGGUGCGGUUUUCGGGUUGAAAGACGGAGAAGUUCCACCGUACGUCAAGCAAUGCUACGAGGGGGAUCCACAGGUGAUCGAAUGUUUCAAAUCAGCCUUGUUACAUUUACGGCCUUAUCUUAAGACUGGAAUUCCUGAAAUCGAACUGCCAUCAGUCGAACCGUUCCUCAUGGACGAACUGAGUUUGUCACUUACCACCGGACCAAAUGGUUACAAAGUAUCUCUUAAGGACAUUGAUAUUUAUGGUGCAAGUAACUUCACCGUCCAAAAGAUUAAACUAAGUGAAGAUGGCAAGCCCUUCGAAGCGAAGAUUAACAUCCCACUGUUGAGUAUCAAUUCUAGAUAUACCAGUAGUGGUGUUUUGAUCAUACUUCCGGCAAGUGGAAAUGGCACAUUUAAUGGACAAUUUGAUGAUCUAAGUGCGUACGUCAAAGGCAAAGUCAGCGUACACACUAAGGACAAUUUGGAAUACCUACACGUAGACGCCUUAAACGUGGACGUAACAGUAAGAAAUGCAAGGAUGGCGGUUAAGAAUAUUUAUAAGAACAAUAAAAUAUUAACUCAAGCCAUAAAUCUGUUCCUUCGUGAUAACGGAAUGGAGGUGUUCAAAGUGAUGUUGCCCCAGCUAAGAAAAAAAUUAUCUGGCCUCUUCAUGAGCAUCUCGAAUCAACUUCUAACUCACGUACCGCUUCACACGUUCUACGUGCCACUGAGCAAGCAAGGGAAUGCGUCAGUAGUAUGAUUAUGUUAAUAAAAUAUUAUUUUAGAAUUAUAUACAUAAAGUUACCAUUAGAAUGUUAAUUCGCCUUAUUCUUGCUAGUGAGGGAUGUUUUCAACAAAACAGUUAUGUAUGUGAUUUAGAUAAAGUGAUUUGUACCAAAUUAAGCAAUGACAUUGUAUUAUAUGUAUAUGUGUAUAUUAUUAAAGUUAC